UCGCCACAAUGAAACUGGAGAUCGUCGGGGAAGAAGUGAUAAAACCGGCUUCACCAACAUCCGAGCAUCUUCGGACCGCUCAACUUCCCCUCUCUGGUCACUUGGUUCCUCCUGUUUACGUGGCUGCUGUUUUCUUCUACAAUACGGAAGAAGAGAUCGCUGCCUUGACACUCAAGAAAUCUCUCUCCCUCACUCUAAACCGAUUCUACCCUCUCUCCGGCCGCAUCCGAGGAGCAUCCAUCAAUUGCAACGACGAAGGGGUCGUCUUCACACAGGCAAAAACCGAUUGCCUUCUUUCGGAUUUUCUGAGAAACCCUAAUCUCGAUUCUGUAAAGCAAUUCCUUCCUUCUGAUUUCACAACGUCAGGAGACCCUCCCGAGAAAUGGCCACUGUUGCAUGUCAAACUCACCCUCUUUAGAUCCAGAGGAAUGGCGGUUUCUGUCUGCGUUUCUCACAAGGUUUGCGACGCUGCCUCGCUUGCAAUGUUCAUCCAUGGUUGGACCUCUACGGCGAAAGGGCAUUCCGAUUCAGCGAGUCCUGAAUUCGCAGCCCCGACUUUCUUCCCCACUCCCGACCCUUCUCUCGAUUCCCCGAUCAGUGAUGAAAUCUUCGAUGUGGGAAAACCCUGUGUCAAGAAAAGGUUCGUUUUCGAUGCUUCGAAGAUUGUAGAACUGAAGAAGAGAGCGGCAAGCAUACAAGUGUCGAACCCAACAUGUGUUGAAGCCAUCUCAGGGCUUGUCUGGAGAUGUGCGAGGAAGGUUUCGGGCAAGACAACGCCAUUGGUCAUGACGCAGGCCAUGGACUUGAGGCGUAGAAUCCCGUCCACUCAUUUGCCACACAACACAAUAGGAAACCUCGUAUUUGCGUUUUUUCUGAAGGCGGGUCCAGAGGAAAAGAUUGAGAUCCAAGAAAUCGUUGCUAAUUCGAGGAAAGCUAAAGAGGGAGUGAAUGAGAUGAUCAAAGAGAAUCUCGGGGGCGUCAGGCUCGGGGAGAAGAUGAGGAAUGAGAUGGUGAAUUACACGAAAGAGAUAACGGGAGAAGUGGAUGUAUACAACAUAACCAGUUGGUGCGGAAUGAAGUUUUACGAGGCGGAUUUUGGAUGGGGAAAUCCCGAAUGGGUAGUCCCGGGAGCUGUUUACCCAAGAAAGAUUGACGACGUCGGCGUAAUACUGAUGGAUGCAAAGGAUGGUGAAGGAAUUGAAGCAUUUGUUAGCCUAAUUGAACAAGACAUGUCAGCUUUCGAACAAGAUCAAGACUUGCUUGCUUUCGCUUCUCCUAAUCCCACUGUCCUUAUCUGAGCUUCUCAUCAGUUACUUGUAAGAUUUGCCUGCCACUGAAUACACAACCAAGACCUGCCUUCACUUGUAUAAAAAAUAAUAUUUGUGGAUUUCUCUGAAGAUGCAAUUUUUCAUUAUCCCUUCCAAAAUUCACAUGGGUUUA